AUGCCUCUGGAUCAAGAUGCCCUACGCAAAGUCGGCCGCGGUGGGGCAGGCAACUACGUCUCCUCGAAAGAAGCCGAUGAGGCAUCAAAAGAUCUCGAAGCGCAGCAGCUGAAAGCCGCCGCCUCCGUCUCGGCAACCCCGUCGCAGCACCCGCACGGCCCCGCAAAGGUCGGCCGCGGGGGAGCCGGCAACUUCAUCGACCCGAGGCACGCCGCGCAGCACAACGAGGACCAGCAGCUGGCCGACGAGACGGGAACGGCGGUGGCAUCGUCAGGCCUGAGGGGGCAUGCGCAGCCUCACCGCGCGGGCUGGUCGGGGAGGGGAGGCGCGGGCAACUUUCACGCGGAUCUGGCUGCCGACGAGGAGCGGGCGCGGGAGGACGAGGAUGGGAGGAGCAAGGCCGAGCUCGACAGGAAGAUCAAAGAGGCGGUUGAAGGGGCGCUGAAGUUGCCGGACAAGGUUCAUCACCAUUUGCACAAGGAAGAGGAGGAGGAGGAGGGGUGA